CGAUACAUACAGACUAUAAACCCUCCGCCAUCAGUGGGCGCUUAGAUCUCAAUCAGUCUUCCUUUCUCAGUCAGAUCUUGAUCUGCUUUCACCAAAAAUUCAAGUCAAACGAACUCAACAAUGUCGACCCGCUACCUCCUCCUCCUCGCCCUCACCGCCUUCCUCCUCGCCUCCCCUUCCUUCCCCAAUCCGGCUUCGGCCUCCUCCUCCUCCCCCACCGCCGACGACGACGACGACGACGAGGACCUCAGCUUCCUUGAAGACGACGACGCCGCCGAUCGCACCGCCGAUUCCCACUCCGAGCACUACCCCGAUUCCGAUCAUUUCGAUGAGGACGAGGACUUUGGGGGCGAAGGAGGCGACUUCGAGAACUACGACGAUCUCGACGACGAUGCGGCCGAUUCCGAUCCCGAUGCUUACAAGGCUCCCGAGGUCGACGAGAAGGACGUCGUCGUGUUGACCGACGGCAAUUUCAGCGAUUUCGUGAAGGACCGCAAGUUCGUGCUGGUGGAAUUCUACGCUCCCUGGUGCGGCCACUGCCAGUCGCUCGCUCCCGAGUACGCGGCGGCGGCCACGGAGCUGAAGGCGGAGGAGGAUGUGGCGCUGGCGAAGGUGGACGCCACGGAGGAGAGCGAGCUGUCUCAGGAGUACGAUGUGCAAGGGUUUCCUACUCUCUACUUCUUCGUCGACGGUGUUCGCAAGCCUUACCCUGGCCAGAGGACCAAAGAGGCUAUUGUUACGUGGAUUAAGAAGAAGAUUGGACCUGGAAUCGCCAAUAUCACCACAUUGGAUGAUGCAGAGCGAAUUUUGACCUCGGAGAGCAAGGUCGCCUUGGGUUACCUCAACUCCUUGGUGGGCCCUGAGAGUGAAGAGCUAGCUGCUGCUUCAAGGCUUGAAGAUGAUGUUAACUUCUAUCAAACUGUUAACCCGGAUGUCGCAAAGCUUUUCCAUCUUGAUGUUAAAGCUACACGUCCUACCUUGAUCAUGAUUAAGAAGGAGGAUGAGAAACUGAGUUAUUUUGUUCUGUUUUAUGUAGAUGGAAAUUUCUCAAGGUCUAGCAUAGCCGAGUUCGUAUUUGCGAACAAGCUUCCUCUGGUUACCAUUUUCACCAGGGAAAAUGCUCCAGCAGUUUUCGAGAGUGAAAUCAAGAAGCAGCUAAUUUUGUUUGCCGCUAAAAAUGAUACGGAGAAAGCUCUUGCAUCCUUUCAAGAAGCUGCUAAACUGUUCAAGGGAAAGCUCAUUUUUGUAUACGUUGAUAUGGAAAACGAAGAUGUAGGAAAGCCUGUCUCUGACUAUUUUGGUAUCACAACUUCCCCCAAGAUUAUCGGAUAUACUGGUAAUGAAGAUACAAAGAAAUUCAUCUUUGACAAGGAAAUUACCGUGGAUAAUAUUAAGGCUUUUGGACAGGACUUUAUUGAUGACAAGCUCAAACCAUUCUUCAAGUCUGACCCGAUUCCAGAAAAUAAUGAUGGAGAUGUCAAAAUUGUGGUUGGGGAUAACUUCGAUGAAAUCGUCUUGGACGAGUCAAAAGAUGUUUUCCUUGAGAUCUAUGCACCUUGGUGUGGUCAUUGCCAAGCUUUGGAGCCAACGUACAACAAACUUGCUAAACAUUUGCGGGACAUCGACUCAAUCAUCAUAGCCAAGAUGGACGGAACAACGAACGAACACCCCAGGGCAAAGUCUGAUGGUUUCCCCACACUUCUUUUCUUCCCUGCCGGAAACAAGAGCUUCGAUCCAAUCACUGUAGACACAGACAGAACAGUGGUAGCGUUUUACAAGUUCAUCAAGAAACACGCAUCGAUCCCCUUCAAGCUUCAGAAGCCGGCUACUACAACGAAGCCAGCAUCCGAAUCCGAGAGUGAAGUCCAGGAAACCACCACCAGCAGCAGCUCAGAAGACGUGAAGGAUGAAUUGUGAGGAAGUGGAAAACAUGUUCCUUAACUUAUGUAUCUGUGCGACUGUGCCAUCAGUUUAGGCUUAAAAGAGGAAGUUUUGGUUUCUCCUUCGGUUAGAGCCUACUUAGAGAUUAGCCUGUUGUGUGUUCUUCUCAAUCAAGUGCUUCAUAGUCUAAUGAACGUUUCUAUAUCUUGGUAAAUUUCCCUUUGUGCUGUUAAUGAGCCGAGUCGAGUUUUGUCAUAGUUCGAACUCGGCUCGUGUUCGUCACGAGCUUUAAUAUGCAAGCUCGAGCUCGGCUCUUUUAUGAAAAUGAAAGCUCGAGCGAGCCAAAAUCGAGUUCCGCU